AUGCGGCUUCUACGAAUCCUUUUCCCGGUUGUCCUGGAGUUGGUGCUCGAAACAGCCGCGAUAGUUGAUGAUCCGGCCAAGGAUGCUACUCCAUACCAUGCCGAAUUCCCUCUUUUCCGCAGUGCCAAUAUGGCUUCUCCUGACAAGCUAGCCAGCGGUGUUGGCUUUCAUUCGUUCCGUAUACCGGCGGUUGUUCGCACUAGUACUGACAGAAUUAUCGCCUUCGCGGAAGGACGUCGUCAUGAUAAUCGAGAUUUCGGUGACAUCAACCUCGUGUAUAAGCGUACCAAGACCAGCACAGAUAACGGUGCUACCGCCGCGGACUGGGAAAGUCUACGCGAGGUCGUUGGUAGCGGCGACGGGACUUGGGGCAACCCUACACCCGUUGUGGAUGGUACUACGAUCUACUUGUUUUUGUCCUGGAACAAUGGCAGCUACAGUCAACAUGGAAGUGACGAGCUACCAGACGGUACUAUUACUGAGAAGAUCGAUACCUCAUGGUAUGGUCGUCGGCAUCUAUUUCUCACAACUAGCAUCGACGACGGCGACACAUGGUCGAAACCUCAGGAUCUGACAACUACAUUGACGCCUGACAACUGGUCUUGGGAUGCCGUCGGCCCUGGAAAUGGGAUCAAACUCGAUUCUGGUGAGCUUGUGAUUCCUGCUAUGGGCCGUAACAUUGUUGGCCGGGGGAAUGUGGGUAAUCGGACUUGGUCACUGCAGCUUCUUAGUGGUGCGGGAGCUGAAGGAACCAUUUGCCAGACACCAGAUGGGAAAUUAUACCGCAAUGAUCGACCAGGCUCUGCAGGUCAUCGUAUUAUUGCAAGAGGCAGUCUUGAAUCGGGAUUUGGUGCAUUUACUACAGAUGAAGGAUUACCCGACCCAGCGUGCGAGGGCUCCCUCUUGAGGUAUAAUUCGGAUGCGCCAGCGAGGUCGAUUUUCCUCAACUCAGCUUCUACCACGAGUAGGCGUGCAAUGAGAGUCCGCAUCAGCUAUGACGGUGAUGCCACUAAGUUUGACUACGGGCGCAAAUUGUCCGAUGCCCCUGUUGAGUCUGCGGGGUAUGAGGGUGGUUAUUCCAGUAUGACGAAGACGGCAGAUUACAAAAUCGGAGCAUUGGUUGAAAGUGACUUCUUCAACGAUGGAACUGGAAGCGGAUCUUACAGAUGUCUUUUCUGGCGAAGAUUCAAUCUGUCUUGGAUUCUUAAUGGCCCCAACAAUUAG